AGGGAAAACAUGGAGUUCAACCCAACUUGCAAGGUAAGAACUCACCCAUUAUGAUCUCUCUCUCUCUCUCUCUCUGGCAACAACCCACACCCACAAUUUUUUGAGCAAAUUCAGUGUACCCAUCAUGUUUUAUUGGAUUAUUAGUCUGCAAGUUGAAUGUAUCCGAAAAAUAGUUUCAUAAUCACUUGUUUCCAUCAAGAACCAGACUUUCUGUGAUUUGCCCACCCAUGUUUUGUAUGAUGAAGCUUAUCAUUACAUACAGGGAUCAAGUUUGCAUGUGGGUUUGAUUUGCUUUUUUCUUCCCUUAAAAAGCACUCCAAACUUUUUCUUCUUAUCUUUAUAUUUUUAUUCUUGUUUCCCCUCCUUUUGAGAUUGUGAAUUGCAACUUGGGGUAUUCUACUACCAAAAAAGAAAUGCUUAUCUGAUUUCUACCCCAUUCAAGUUCUUCCAACUUUGUUCUAUAUCUGUACUGUUGAUUUUAGGGUUAAAUGCAAAAAAACACCCUUGUACUUACAAGGGUUUGGCAGACAACCUCCCUCAACGUUAAAUUGUUGCACUAGACGUGCUUAAACUACAAUUUUUUAUUCAAAACAAGACAGGCGUCGCAUAUUUAACGAAACAUUACACACAUGCGGCCAAAAUAGCGACUGGGUGGCCAAAUUUGUCAAAUUUUUUAUCCAAAAAUCCAAAAAUAUCCCCUUCCCCUCUCCCUUUCCCUUUUGUUGUGUUUCUCUCUUUCCCAUCAUCACCGGCGAUCAGUCCACCAUCAUCAGUCAUCUCUCUCUCUUCACUCCACUGCCCAACACCCCAAUCAAAAUCCACUCACCAAAACAAAACCCUAACCUGAACAUGGAUGGCAACCCAUCUCAAAACAACCGCCCAUGGUACUCCACUACAUUUGCACCCACCACCCCAAUGGUGCUCUGUCCAGCCACAAUGGGGGUUUUUUGCAUUUAACCCUUGAUUUUAAUUUAUUUUCUAUUCUACAGUUAUUUUUAUGAAAAUGUGAAUGUAACCCAUAUUUAAAAUCGUAUUUACAAACUACGUUUUUAAUACAAAAUUUCAAACGCAUAUCUUGCAAAUAAGUUUUUACACUGAAAAGCGUAGCUUAAACUCAAUACUUUUGUGUAAAAUAACCUUAAAUCUAGAAAUAAGUUAGAAUUGAGAUAGAAUAAAAGUAUAAAAAGCACAGUAACUUGGAACUUGCAUAGAUUAACAUAUUUACACUUGUCCACAGAAUGGUCGGUUGUAAUUUGUCUGUAGGACUCGUGAUUUCACAUAUCCCCUGACGGGCCUGAUCUAUAUGUGGUGCUUCAGACUGGGCCUAUUUGUGAAUCCAGUGGGCCUACACCAGCUCGAAUAAGAAGUCAAUGAGAAAAUAUUCAAUGUAACGCUAACACUACAUCGUUAAUAUCAUGUGGUGUGACCGUUCAAUAGAAAUAUAACAAAUGAACAAAUGGAUCCCACACAUUUAGUAAUCACCCGUUCAUGUCAUUUGAUAAUCACCCCAUGUAAAAAAGUGGGAUCUACUUUAUCCACUUAAUUGUGUUUCUAUUGGAUGGUAAUACCACGUGAUAUUAACAACGUGGAGUCACUACGGCAUUGAAUAUUUACUAUUCAUUAACCAUUAUGCAUCAAUAAGUAGGGGUGUUCACUCUACUCUACAGGUAGGAAAUAUGAUCUUUCGUCUUUUUAUCCAAUACUUUGCAGAAGAAUUUUUUCUUGACCUAUCCUACCCGAUCAAGUGUGAUAUUCUUACCCGAUUUUUGGCCAAAUUAAUCAAAUAGGAAUUCAGGUGAACACUUUUGUAGUUAUUAAUUUUUGGAUCAUUUUAACAAUUCAAUUAGAUAACAUGCAUUAAUUUUACAACACAAUAAACCAGUAACACUAAAAUCUAAAACAAUUACAAUAAACCACAAGAAAAUAUAAACAUCAAUUCAUCAUAAUUAUUGUACAAAUACAAUAACAAUUAUUUUAAGUUUAAACCAUAUGGUUAGGGAAUUAGGGUUUUUAGUUUAUCUAUAUAUAUAUAAAUAAUUAAUGUGAGUAGGGUAGGAUAAGAAUACAGAAAUUAAUGGUUAUUCCACAUUUUUACUUGAUUUUUUCAGCUAGCCGUUGAAUAGGAUCAGGUAAGGUAGGAAAUUGUGACUAAUCAAAAAUUUAAACACCCCUAUCAAUGAGGGUUGCCGUGGGCAGCAUUCAAAGUUAUAACUCUACUCUUUGAUCGACCUUAAAAUGCUAUGAUCAAGCAUUAAUAGUUGUAACGUCUGUUGCAAUGAUAUUUUACGGUACAACUAACAACCGUUAUUUGAAAGUACAUUGUAGUAGAUCACUAUUUGUUAGUGAUUUAAAAUUUAAAAAGAUAACUUUCUAUGCUGGGCAUAGUCGAACAUUAGAUUAUUGGGGUGGGAAUGGUAGGAUUGAAAUAUUCUUGGUUUACAAUUAGAAAGAUUAUACUAAUAACUUUGAACUUUGACUCAUCAAACUAAGGUCCUUCUGGCCCUCUAAUCCCCACUCAAACACCUCCUACUCCUCUUAACUGACAGUGGUGGGAUCCUAGUGUGUUGAUCUGCUAUUAAUUUGAGUAUGAAAUCUUGCACUUUCCAACAGAAAAAUAAAACUUUAACUCGACAUUUCAAACAAUCAUCAGGCUUGUGGUAGUCCUCUUUGGGAUCACUUUUGAUAUGUGCACACGUUGUAGCUAGUAGAAAUGCAUUUUUAUACUCUUGCGUCUUCUAUGUACUCUAUUCCCUGUUUAUAUCAGGACAAGAAGAAAACGAUGAAGCUAUCCAUGCUACUAUGCUGCAAACUCUAUAUCUCUGAAUCACGAAACAAAGAAGCUCUUGAUUCAAUCGAACGUGCAGCUAAGCUUGAUCCAGAAACAGUUACUGUAAACAAGUUUGAGGAUCGUGCCUACAACCGGGUCAGGUACACUCUUGUAUCAUAUGUUGCUCAUGAUGGCACAGGGUGUCCCAUUUAUAGCCCUUUGCAACAAACUGUGUUAGCAAUGGCCGAAGCCGCUUAUGAAGCCAUAAACCUUGAGUUGCACUCGGGGGCACACCCCCGGCUUGGUGUUGUAGAUGACAUUGUUUUCCAUCCCUUGGCACGAGCAUCACUGGAGGAAGCAGCUUGGCUCGCCAAAACUGUGGCAGCAGAUAUUGGCAACCGAUUCCAAGUACCAGUAUUUCUAUAUGCUGCAGCACACCCAACCGGGAAGGCUUUGGAGACCAUCCGACGUGAGCUGGGCUACUACCGGCCAAACUUCAUGGGUAAUCAAUGGGCCGGAUGGGCCCAGCCUGAAGUUCUUGCUGAAAAUCCCGAUGAAGGCCCCAACACGGUGUCUCGUGCCAGAGGUAUUGCGAUGAUUGGUGCACGUCCAUGGGUCGCAACAUACAACGUUCCAAUCAUUUCCAUAGAUGUCUCGGCUGCUCGACGGAUUGCAUUGUUGGUAAGUGCUCGAGGUGGUGGGCUGCCUACUGUGCAAACACUGGGCCUGGUUCAUGGUGAGGACUCGACCGAAAUAGCUUGCAUGCUGUUGGAGCCUAACCAAAUUGGCGCGGACCGGGUCCAGAGCCGGGUUGAAAUGCUGGCUGAGCAAGAAGGCCUGGAUGUGGAGAAGGGUUACUUCACUGAUUUUUCACCAGAGAUGAUAACUGAAAAAUACAUGAAAUUAAUCUCUGCUGAAUCUGACUAAGGCAGGAUUGUACAAAAUAUCUAAUAACAAAUGUUAACCAGCUCAAACCUGUUGAGCUUUCCAAUUCUCUCUCUCUCUCUCUCUCUCGUGCGUGUGUAUACAUCCACUUUUACAGACGUGUGUUUGUGUGUUUUAGGACAUAAGACAUGGUCAUUCCC